AUAAGGAUGAGGGAGAGCUGCUGAACGAGGGAAGAGCUAUGAAAAAAGCGAGGGAGAAGGUGAAAUCACAGCAGCAUGCAGAAAAGACCUUAUAAAGAGGAGAGGAAGGACGAGUGGAGGGGAAGGAGCUGAUCAGUGAGGUCUCCCGAGAGGAAGUGGAAGGAGAUGAGCAGGGGGAGGCGGGGGAGUGAGCAGCCAGCACAGAGAACAUCCAUCAGCUGAGGCAGCCAUGCUCUGAGCCCUGGAGCAGCAGGGCUACGCAGACAGCACAGGCCCAGCACCAGGCCCACAGCGUGGCCCUCCGUCCCAGACUCAGACAGCACAGCUGGGACGAAAGACCAUUCUCCUCCCAUCAGAUGCACCUUAGAACCAUGAGAACCGCAAGAAAGGGCAGCGUGGAGAUGCCUGCAUUUGUGCGGCAGCUGGUCAAAGAAACAGAGAAGAGGGUCAGCUCUUUCUUCAAAGUGGGCCGUGGAGGAGCAGCAGAGGGAGAGCAGCAUGGGGAGGGGGAGAAGGAGGAGAUCAUCCCCAGCCCGUACCUGGACCGACCAGUGCUGGACAAGUUAACGGAGGAGGGCUGCGCCCGCUGGGGCCUCACAUACGCCCUGGGAAGCAUGCAGGGCUGGAGGGCCAACAUGGAGGACUUCCACAACUGUGUGCCCCAGCUGGGGGGGGAACUCGCUGAGUGGAGCUUCUUCGCUGUGUUCGACGGUCAUGCAGGCAGCAUGGUUGCACAAUACUGCUCCCAGCAUCUUCUGGGACACAUCCUGGCCACAGGUGGCGUUGGACUAGAGGACAACCCUGAAAAGGUGAAAGGAUCCAUCACAGACGGGUUCCUACAGACGGACAAACACCUGCACAGUGUGGCCCGGAGAGAGGGCUGGGAAAGGGGUGGCACCACUGUGGUUUCCACCCUCAUCUCACCUUAUUACAUCUACUUUGCUAACUGUGGAGACUCCAGGGCCAUGCUGUGCCGGUCUGGGCAGGUGUGUUUCUCCACUGAGGACCACAAACCUUACAGCCCCCUGGAGAAAGAACGCAUUGAGAGUGCAGGAGGUUCAGUGUCCCUCCAGAGAAUCAAUGGCUCCCUGGCGGUGUCCCGAGCCCUGGGGGACUUCAGCUAUAAGGGGGUGGAGAACCGGCCUCCGAGCCAGCAGAUGGUGUCACCAGAGCCAGAGGUGUUUGCGGUGGAACGCUCGCCUACAGAUGAGUUCCUGGUCCUGGCCUGCGACGGGGUGUGGGACACCAUCAGCAACGAGGAGCUGUGUGCUUUCAUCCGCAACCGGUUAGAGGUCUGCACAGACUUAAGGGACGUCUGCACUCAAGUCAUCGAUCUCUGUCUGUAUAAGGGCAGCUUGGACAACAUCAGCAUCAUUUUGCUUUGCUUCCCUGGAGCCCCCCAGCUGUCAGCUGAGGCAUUGCACCAGGAGGCCGAGCUGGAGGACCUUCUGGAGUCUAAGGUGGCAGAGAUCUACAAUGAGCUAUCCGCCUCCGGAGAGGAUCCUGACCUGCUGUCCGUCCUCACAGUCUUGGCAUCCUCCAUCAUCCCUGGAUUACCUCCAGGUGGAGGCAUACAGAGCAAAAGGAACUGCAUUAUCUCUGCCUACUACCAACAAAGAGAGACACAUAAACCUGCAGUGCCAAAUGCUCUGGGAAGCUCCUGAGAUGCUCAAGUGGGUUUUGUUUCUUGGAAUUCACACAAAAUGGAAAUCUUGGACAGAACGUGUUUGUUUACAUCACGCUAGCAGCAUCUAGUUAUAACAAUGCAAAAACAGAUCUAAAGAAGCCUGAUAAUUUAUAUUUGUACAAGAAUAUUUUGUUCAAUUCACUAUUACACAGAAUGAGCAUGAAGCCUCUGAUUCAGGACAUCAAACCGAGUAACGAGCAAGCACAAACAGGUAAACAUUUUUAUGAAUCCAGAAAUGGUAAUACAAGUUAUAUUUUAUAUGCUAUUUCAAUUGAAGAUAUGAAAUAAUAUAAAUAAUUUGAGUUUAACUUUCUAUUCCAGCAGGUAAAAAGGAGUCGAAGCUAGCCAGCAUGCAGCUAAGUUAUAACCAAGUGCUAACGGUGCGAAACAUUUGGCAGGUCAGGGAAAUCUCCUAAUUCCAGUCUCAUUGCUUGUACCAACAGGCAUAUAGUGAAUUAACAAAUAUUUUCUGAUAAUAAUACUUUUAAAAAUGCAGUAAAAACGUUAUUUGUAAAGUCGGGUUUGCCUUUGUACUUUUCCUAAAUAUGCACAAUAUGAACCACUUGGCUAAAAUUAAGCAUGUCGACAAAUGGCUUAAAUUUACUGAUAAAUCGAGUUUUGACAUCAUUCUUGAAACAAUUUGCAGGUCUUUCUAUACAUUUACUGUGUUUCUGAACCCGUUCUUGAAUUCUGAGUGGAACAUAUUUUCCUGUCAUGUGUGUGUCCUGUGCUGCCUUAUUCAUCGCAUCAGAACAGGUUUGACUCUGCAUGGGUUUCCUCCAUCAUACUGCAGUGUUAACUUACCUUUGUGUGUAAUAUUCUGUGUUUAGGCAUUAAUGGGACUUAUUUUGGAUUAAUCCCCAAAUAAAGAAUAUUUGACUGA